AUGUUGUUCAUCUAUCGUAGGGAGGAAACUGCUGCAGAAAGCGCCGAGCCGGUCAAGUUCUAUUGGAAAGCUGAUAAGCAGACAAUUCAUCAGGUUGACGAUGGAAAUUUUACCAAGAACUUCAGUUUCGACCGUGUAUUUAGUGCUGAAGAAACAACUCUACAGCUGUACCAGGAACUUACAAAGCCUCUUGUCUCCACUGUUCAAGGUUAUAAUGGAACAAUAUUUGCUUAGGGACAAACUGCAUCUGGGAAGACAUUCACUAUGAUGGGGAGUUCUCUUACUCCAGUAGUUAUACCCUUUGCCAUGGAGGAUGUCUUCCAGACUAUAAAAAACUCGUUUGAUUUUCAUUUUUUAUUUCAUCGUCCAAAAAAGGAGUACCUUCUGAGGGUGUCAUACUUGGAGAUCUACAAUAAAACUGUGACAGAUUUGCUCUGUGACAGUUGGAUAAGGAAACCUCUAGAAACCUGAGAGGGGAACAAUGUAAACAUGACUGGUGUUUUUAAAUGGUGAAACGUCUAUGUAGCUUACCUUACUGAGGAACUGGUGACAUCUAUUGAGCAAGUCAUUGCGUGGGUUAGAAAAGGAGAAAAGAAUCGCCAUUAUGGAAAGACAAAAAGGAACCAGCGACGCAGUUGUUCACACACAAUUUUCCGCAUGAUCUUGGAGAGUCGUGACAGGGGUGACCCUGCAUCUGGUGAAAGUUCAGACAGCGCCAUUAUUGUGUUCCAUUUGAAUUUGGUUGACAAAUUCUGCUCUUCAGCCGGGGCUGAGAGAGCAAGUCAAACAGGCGCUGAAGGUACACGUUUCAAAGUAGGAUGUAAUAUAAAUCGCAGCCUUUUCACCCUCGCUCAAGUGAUCAAGAAACUGUCUGAUGAAACCCAGAAGGGUUUUACUAACUACAGGGACAGUAAACUCAACCGUAUCCUCCAAAAUUCCUUGGGUGGAAAUGCAAAAACUGUCAUCAUCUGCACUAUCACCCCAAUUACUCUGGAAGAAACAAUUAGCACUCUUCAAUUUGCUAGUUCAGCAAAGAACAUGAAGAAUGACCCGCAUGUCACAGAGGUUUCUGAUGACGGAGCCCUUCUUAGAAGAUACAGAAAUGAAAUUGUGGACCUCAAGCGCCGACUUCAUGAGGUCUCCUCAGUCACUCAAACAACCGCGACAGAGAAGGAGACUCUGUCCCAGAUUUUGCAAGAGAAGGAUCAGCUCCAAAGAGAACAAGAGGACAGGAUUAAGAAUUUAACCAAACUUCUAGUCACCUCCUCAGACUUUGUUUCCAUCAAAAAUAUGUCGAAACGGAGGGUUACGUGGGGUGGAAAACUGCCAUCACCAGCCUUCCUCCAUGCUGGAGAGUCUGACCUAAGCUUUGCUGAGCCUUUUCUCAAAAAGAGAAACGCUGAUAUGUCUGUCUUGACAGAGCAGAAUGAGGAUGGCGAUGAGUUAGAUUAUACCUUUGACAUGGAGAUGAACCAGAGCAGUUUGAACAAAUUGUCUGAGAAGGUGUCCCGUCUGGAGAUCCAGCUGGAAAAUGAGGCUCGGCAGAAGCAGGAGGCCAUGGAGAAAGUGGAGACUUUUGAGAGGAGGGUUGCCGAACUGGGAAUGCAGCUAGAGAAGUUGCAAAUGCCCACUGAUGCACAGCUGGAAAACGAAGUUCAGCAGAACCAGGAGGCCAUGGAGAAAGGGGCGGUUUUUGAGAGCAGGACUGCUGAACUAGAGAAGCGGCUAGAAGAAAAGUCACAAAUGCCUGCUGAUGCGCAGGAGGCCCUGGUGAAGGUGGUGACUUUUGAGAGGAGGGUUGCUGAACUGCAGAAGAUGCUAGAGGAAAAGUCUCAAAUUUCCACUGACUCACAGGAGCAGAUGAAAAGGGGAUUUGAGGAGACAAUUCAACUCUGUGAGACGUUGGUGUCUGAGAAGGAAAUGGUUGCUGCUGAGCGUGAUUAUUUCAAGCAGGAGCUCAAUAUUCUAAUGGGAUGGACUGAAAACUUGAAGAAAGAAAAGGCUGCACUUCUUCAGGAGAUGGAGGAGAAGAAAGAGAUGGAUGAGUUCAAUUCUCUGGAAGAGGAGAGCAAAAGAGAAUAUGAGAAAGAACUACUGAAUGAAAUGUCCUCCUUAAAGAAGGCUGUGGAGGCAUCUGGAUGCAAAUCUCAAGAGCUUGAGGUUACUGAGGAUGACCACGCUCCUGAACCACAAAGGAGGACGCUCUGA